AGAGACUACUCGCACCUGAGAGCUCAGAGCUUCUCUGGGACAUGCCGAGGAAGAAGGUGCCCCUGCGGCUGCCUCGGGUCCGCCCCUCCCGGGAUUUCCCGGACCCGGAGCCCGCCCGGAGCACGGCCAGCGCGCCCGCGAACCCCUUCGAUGCUGACAUCUCAGAGCUCUUGGCAUCCAAGGAUGAAUGGUCCAUCCAAGGGCCUGAGGAUAUCAUCCAAGAGGCGAAGCGCUCUGUGCAAGCUCGGAAGCAGUGCCCGGAGCCCGACGAUGCGCUGGAGACCAAGCCCUGGGAGCACCAGGACACCGCAGACAAGGGCUAUCACAUCAUCCUCCCGGACAACCGCGUGGUGGCGGUGGAGAACCAGCUCAGCCGCCGGCUCUGCGAUGAGCUGCUUGGAAACGCGCCGCGGGAGCCCAAGGUCAAGGAGGAGCUUGAGCUUCGGGAGCCCAAGCCACGGCGGCGCCAGGCGCCGGACGAGGUGUACAUCACGGAGCCCGAGGAGCCGGACCGGGCCUUGGGCGGCCGCCGGAAGAUGCGGAAUCCUUGGUACUUGCCGCCGACGGUCUGGUACAACGGCGAGAUGGGCAAGGACCCGAAGGAGCAGGCGCCACUGGGCUUCCCCUACGACACGCUGCUGGGCGAGUCGCGGCACGGGCCCCCGCAGGACGAGGCGCCGCCCAUCGGGGACAAGGACAUCUCCCAGCUGCUGGACACGGCGAAGAAGCACUUCCAGGCGCAGGGGCAUCGUUUGCCGCACUUCCUGCAGGUGGCGAUGUGAGUAGAAACAGAGAUAGAUCAGCUGGCAGUCUGACCAGUCUGGCCAGUCUUUUUGUUUGUAGGAAGCCAUGGGUGCUUCAGGCCAGACCAUGUCAGAGCUUCUUGUGGUC